CUUUCAAGUUCUUGCCAUCGUUUUCCUUAUGGCUCUUUCGUCAUUUCUACUUGCAUCCAGCAAGAAACAGACUACUGUCGAUACAGAACUCGAUGCCUUGUUCCAAUCCACCGCUAAAGAAUUUGAAGUUUCUUCUUCGACUCUGAGAUCAGGGAAGCUGAAAAGAAAACAUCAGGAUGUCGGCUCAGCCCCUUCAAAACUCGCCAUUAAGAAGGCCAAAGCAAAGGAAUCCAAGUCCUCAUUGAAACAAAAGAAGAUUCUACUUCCAGACACAGGAACAACCAAACUGAACAACCCAACAAAAACAUCGAAUGCUAUAGUGGAGAAGAGUAGCGAUGGUGAUGAGGAGGAGAGGGAAGAGAGCAAGUCUGACGGCGACGACGAAAACGACUCUGAGCUUGAAAAUGCCUAUCUAUCGAGAGCGAAUGGGAAAGGAAAUUUUUCGGCAUCGCAUCGCGCCGGCAAACAUGAAGAGCAAUCGGAGGGGGCUGAUGACGAUGUCGAAGAGGCUUCCAGUGGGGCAGACGACGACGAUGAAGGCCGCCCACCUCCUGACCAUGAGUCUCUCACCAAGAGGCAACGCUCGAAAAAGCCGCCAAAGUCCAUAAUCAAAUAUGUUCCUCCUGACGAGAACCAGGACCAACGAAAUGCUCGGACUAUCUUCGUUGGCAAUCUCAGUGUUGAGGUCUCUCAAAAGAAGUCGCUACUAAAAUCGCUGCAACGACAUAUCCUCUCCCUAAUACUUACGCCGUCGGGUUCCUCCAACAUGACACCUAGAAUUGAAUCUACCCGAUUUCGCUCAGUCCCGUUUGCAGUACCUACAUCCAGACUCGAGAAGGAGGGGGACCAAUCUUCAACUAACAAUAGCAACCCGAAAUCAUCUACUAAAUCUCGUCAGCACGAUAUUGACCGCACCAAGUCGUGGAGGAGAUCUUCCGGCGACAAGGAUGACGAAGACGCUGUCAAAGGCGAGAAACAGUUUCUUACUCCAGCACAGAAGAAAAAAGUUGCAUUUAUCAAUCAGGAAAUACACGCUUCUGGAUCUAGCGUUAACGCCUACAUCGUCUUUGCACAUCCUACACCUGCAUCCGCAUCUGAUGAGGUACCGAAGCGUAAAUCGAAUCUACCUCCGCUUCCGGACGUGAUGAACCCUUACGAUGCUGCGCGCCUUGCCAAAGAAUACUGUGAUGGGUCAGAAUUCAUGGAGCGUACGUUGAGGGUCGAUGUUGUUGCUCAUACUACAGACCUUUCUGUGGCAGAGGCUGGACGAGUGCUCAGAACAGGCAGCGAUGUGGACCCUAAGCGAUGCGUAUUCGUUGGUAAUCUGGAUUUUGAGAGUAAGGAAGAGGAUGUAAGAACGUACUUUGAGGGAAUCAUUAGCGCAGAGAAGGGGCCUCGACCAGGCGAAGGAACUGAGGAAAAAGACGUCUGGAGCGACGACGAAGGCAAUGAAAAGAAGAAGGGAUCAGCAAAGGCCAGAGCUCGAUCGGAAGGCUGGGUAAUCCGUGUUCGAAUCAUUCGUGACAAGGACACCCAGCUUGGCAAAGGCUUCGCCUAUGUCCAAUUUGCCGAUCGCGACUGCGUAGAUGAGAUCCUUGCCGCAGCUCUGGAGCCUGGCAAGCUGAAAUUCGCAAAACGCAAGCUGAGGGUGGAGAGAUGCAAAACAAUCCCGGGCGGGUCGUUCAAAGUCAAAGUCAAAUCGACCCCCAUUACAUCCUCGUCGCGCCCGAACAAUCCCAAUCAUCCUUCAAAUUUCAAGACCAAACGAUCCACCCCGUCGACGUCGUUAGCCUCAAUAUCCAUCCCCAAAGGCGACCCCACCCUUGGUGCUAAACUUGCUCAUCUUUCUAAAGAGGACCGGAAGAGCGCGAAAGCAGGUGAUGCGGAUCGUAUGGCUCGGAGGUUGGCGAAGAAGAAAUCCAGGAUGGCUAUGGCUGUCGGUGGAAGGACUGGUACGGGCGGAGUAAAACUACAGGGCAAAGAACGUGAUAGAGAAAGAAAGCUACGUAGUGGUGGUGAUGCUCAUGGUAAAAAAGGAAAGGGACAUGGUGCAGGAAGUGGCACCAAGAAUAAGGGAAAGGCAAUCAGUACGAGAGCUUUAGAGCAGAGGAAUGCGAAGAAGUGAUAUUCAUAGUACACAUGUCACCAUCGUUGUUAAACAUUGCUCUAGUUGUUAUGUAUGCAAACGAGACGAAGAUUUCUUUCCAUUAUCGUUGUCGCAGUCACCUCGCCAUCGAGUAACGCACUCGGGAAGGGCACGGUUGAUUUUUCA